AAAAAUGUGAUCUAUAAUAUUAUUAAGUAUACAGUUGUCAGUUACAAUAUAUAUAAUAAUUAUAUUUCAACUUCAUUAAUUACUAAUUAAUCUAAGCUUUAAUGAUUAUGAGCGAACCAUAUUUUUUUUCCAUUUAUUAGUCUAUCCGUUUAAUUUUUAUUCUUUUUGGUGUAAACAAAUAAAUUUAAAUAUUUAACAGUUUACACUGUUGAUACCUAUAUAAGAUACGUUUGUGAACAUUUAUAUUUUAAAAUUAUAAAAUACAUUUUAUAAUAGACAUUAUUUUGUUUUUAUUUAAAAUGUUUUCACCUUACUGUAAUAAUAAUUUACACAACAUUCUAAAAAUUAGAAGGCACGCAGACUUGACAUACUCGUUUAUUAAUCAUUGGAUGCACAUUCGUAAACAGAGUUCAGUUAUUACAAACAAAGUUGAAGUGUCCAGUACGGAUGUACUUACUGAUGAAACACAAUUUUAUGCUUUGGAGAAAUCUGUAACUCCUUUAUGUCGAGUGCCAUAUGAGAAACAAUUGGUUCUGAAACAACAAUGGACAAAUACUAUAUGCAAGGAAUUGCGCAGCCGACUACAUAAUGCAAAAACCCUGAUUAGACUACCUAAAGUUUUCCCUAUUUCAUCAUCUCCACAAAUCAAUGAAUACCGCAAUAAAGACGAGUUUAAUUUUCGGCCUGGUAUCGAUGGUAAUCCUAAAACCCUUGGAUUUUUUGUCAAUAAUCUAUCUAAUGGAAAUAUCUAUUGUGUUCCUGCCAUGAAACUAAUUAAUAUGAGGCAAUCGCAUAAAGAUAUUGCUCAGGUUUUUGAAACUUUUGUUAGAAAAUCUGAAUUGCCUGCUAGUUAUGACCAUAUGGACGGUGGUUUUUGGCGAGGAAUUAUUGUGCGAAGUAAUUUAAAAGGUGACAUAAUGGCUAUAGCGGUUGCUAAUCCUAGAGGAUAUACCAAUGAAAUUAUGUUAGAUGAACAACGUAGAUUUAAUGACUUUUUAAAAAGUAUUAAUAUUAAUAUACAAUCUUUAUAUUUUCAUCCUAGUUUGCACACUAGAAGUUCAAAAGAUUCGACAUUUAUUCUUGUUGAUGGUGAAAAGUACAUUUAUGAAGAUUUAUGCAAUUUUAAGUUCAGGAUAUCUCCAGACUCAUUUUUUCAAAUUAACACAUUAACUGCUGAAGUUUUGUAUAAUGAAUUGUUCAAAUUAAUGAAUCCAACAAAGACAUCUACUUUGCUAGAUCUAUGUUCAGGCACUGGCACAGUAAGUAUAUUAAGCAGUCAACAUGUACAGUCAUGUAUUGGUAUUGAAUCUGUGGCACAAGCUGUUAACGACGCUAAAGAGACUGCAAAGAUAAAUAAUAUACUCAAUUGUGAUUUUGUUGAAGGAAAAGUAGAAAUGGUAUUAAAACAAGUUUUGGAUGAAUUGAGCAUGACCAGUGAUUUGUGUACAGUUUUAAAUCCUGGUCGAGCAGGCGUGCAUCCAAAAGUCAUAAAUGCUAUUAGAAAUAAUAGGUUGAUCAACAGUCUUGCAUAUGUGUCUUGUAAGGCGGACAGUCCGAUAACUAUGAAAAACCUUGUAGAAUUAGUUGUUAAUGACAAAAAAUCUCGCCCUUUUACUUUGGAAUCUAUUAAACCAGUUGAUAUGUUUCCUCAUACAAAACACUGUGAAUUAAUUUUCAUGUUCAAACGUUAAAAUGUAUAUGAAAUAAAAAAUAUCUAACCUUGUA